UCUAACCAUUCCUUCUCCACUUUUUCUCAUUUAAAAACAGCUGUAUCUAAAUUGCUGUCGCCCUUCUCAAUUCCCACUAUGAUUUCUUGCCAAACUUAAAUAAAUCCUAGAUCUCAAAUUGGGACACCCAACUUAAAUUACAACUUAAACAAACUUUUAUAUGUGCAGUGUGUCAGUACUACCCAGUAGUGGUGGAGUCUUUUAAUUUGCUGGUCUGAAACCUUCUUCUUCAUUUUCACAAAGCCAAACAAUAAGAGCUUAAAGAAUGAGUCUUUCUACAGCAAUUACAACAUGGGGCUACACCUAUUUUGCCCUUGGAAAUAACGGCAGAUCCAGAUUUUGCUCUCAUGGACUCUUACCUACUCAUCUGAAGAUCAAAUUCUCCACCAACAACCCUUCUCCUCUUUCUGUCUCAGCUCUUCUUACAACAAAACAACAAACUGAUGAAAGCAAGAACAAGAAAAAACAAGCAAUGGAGUUCAAUGAAUACGUUCUUGAAAAAGCUAAUUCUGUGAACAAGGCUUUGGAAUCUUCAGUCUUGAUUAAGGAACCAGUCAAGAUUCAUGAAUCCAUGAGAUAUUCUCUUCUUGCUGGUGGGAAAAGAAUCCGACCCAUGUUGUGUAUAGCCUCUUGUGAACUUGUUGGUGGAGAUGAGUCCAUAGCUAUGCCUGCAGCUUGUGCUGUUGAGAUGAUUCACACCAUGUCUUUGAUACAUGAUGAUCUUCCUUGUAUGGAUAAUGAUGAUCUUAGAAGAGGGAAACCUACAAAUCACAAGAUUUAUGGUGAGGAUGUUGCUGUUUUAGCAGGGGAUGCACUUCUUGCAUUAGCCUUUGAGCACAUUGUUACUCAAACUAAAGGGGUUCCUUCACAUAGGAUUGUGAGGGUGGUUGGUGAGUUAGCUAAGUGUAUUGGUGCUGAGGGACUUGUAGCUGGACAAGUUGUAGAUAUAAUUUCAGAGGGGGUUUCUGAUGUUGAUUUGAAGCAUUUAGAGUUCAUUCAUUUGCACAAGACUGCAGCUUUAUUAGAAGGGUCAGUGGUGUUAGGGGCUAUAUUAGGAGGGGCAGAUGAUGAAGAAGUGGAGAAGUUAAGGAAGUUUGCAAGAUGUAUUGGGUUGUUAUUUCAAGUUGUGGAUGAUAUUCUUGAUGUUACAAAGUCUUCUCAACAAUUGGGAAAAACAGCAGGAAAGGACUUAGUUGCUGAUAAGGUAACUUAUCCCAAACUGAUUGGUAUGGAAAAGUCAAGGGAGUUUGCUGAGGAGUUAAACAAAGAUGCUCAAGCUCAGCUUGCUGGAUUUGAUCAAGAGAAAGCAGCUCCUUUGAUUGCUUUAGCAAAUUAUAUUGCUUAUAGAGAGAAUUAAAUUGUAACAACAGGAUUGGAAUUAUGGUCAACCAAUUUGUACAUUUGAAGAUUUAGAAGUUAAUAGAAGGUGAAAACAUGAGUGAUCUGUAAAGUUUCAAACUUCUAAUAUCUUGAAUGAAAUAAUGGUCCAAUACACAUUUCUAUUUUCCCCCA